UCUAAUUGUGAUUUCUCAAAAUUAAAUACUAUACGUACUUGUAGCGUCGAAAUAUAUCCAGAGUACAGUAUGCCAGUCGACUUGAAAGCCCGCUCUUGCAAGGCCGAUGACAUUACGUGCUCAUUUGAAUACUCUUUGCGUUAUCGUAUUUUAGAUAUUUUUCCACCGAGCAUAGUUAUAUUUUCUUUGGAAAAAGCAAUAAGCAAUACUUUUUACUACAAAAAACGAAGGAAAAAUAAAGGUGAAUUAUGCAAAACUCGCCACUAACUAAAAACAAACAUAGACGAAAAGAUAGCGAAAGAUAGCGAAACACUCAAUAAUGAAUAUUCAACUCACGUAAAAUGACGUAACUAAAGGAUAUGGUACUCAUAGUACAUUCACCCGGGCCUUAUCUCUAUGAAUGACCUUGACCUAUGGCACUCUUAAGCCUAGACCAUGUGAUUAGUUGAAAUACUUGUUCUAUUAGUCGAGGAUAGUCGAGAACACCUUCAUCGAACCAACAAGAUGUCUAAGAGAGAUGUAGAGCAUUGUAAAUCCAUACAGGAGAGAUUCAAAUUCAAGAUAAAGGGCGAAUACUUCUAUGAUGGUGUACUAUUUGACGAGGUGUCCAUAACCAAAGGAACCCUUCCGGCGAUCAGGGCCUUAGAGAUGCGUGAUGGCGAUAUUCUCAUAGACACUUACCCCAAAUCAGGAACAACAUGGAUGAUUCAAAUUGUGUCCUUGAUUCUAGCUAAGGGAGAUAUUGACAAAGCAAAUGAAAAACCAAUCCAUUCGAGAAUACCAUUCAUUGAAAUCUUUGGUGAAUAUAAGCAAGUUGAUGAUAUCCCAAUUGGAACGCAACGGUGCAUGAAAUCGCAUCUUCCAUUGCGCAUGCUCCCGAAGCAGACGACAGAAAAGAAGGUCAAGGUCAUAUAUGUUGCAAGGAAUCCAAAAGAUACAAUUGUGUCAUACUAUCAUUUUUACCGCAUUUGUAAUGAUUACAAAUUUGAAGGCACAUGGGACGAAUUUCUAGAUAUGUUUAUUGCAGGAUAUGUCGAAUGGGGAGAUUGGUUUGAUCACGUGACACCUUUCUGGAGUGGAAAACAGGAUGACACCUUCCCAGAAUUAUUUUUUGUAACAUACGAAGCGAUGCUCAAUAACCCUUUCGAAGCAAUUAAAGAUGUCGCUGCUUUCUUGAAUGUGGAAUUAGAUGACAAAACCAUUAAUAAAAUCGCUAUUGAAUCAAGUUUCAAAAGAAUGAAAGCCGAUCCAUCUUUAAAUAUGAAGAAUGAAGAAUGGUUUGAUUUUAGCAAAGGCCUUGUUGCCCCUUUAAGUCGCAUGAUCCCAGUAUUUGACCCUAUCUUGCCUGAAAAACUUGCUAGAGGUACACGUACAUGUUUACAGUGGAAAACAAUGACAUCACUUCCGGUGGAUUCGCUGACCAACUGGUUGACAGGUUUGAUGAUAGCAACACUGUUGAUCUUAAUAACAAUUAAAUAUCUUGAUUCAAAAAGAUGGAAGUUACCACCAGGACCAUUUGCUUGGCCAAUCAUAGGUAAUGCUUCAGUUCUCAUGGCAACUCCAGACGACAACACCGGCGCAAAAAGAGUAUGGGAUUUGACAAAGAAGUACACGAGUGACAUAAUCUCGAUGCGAGUGGGGCCACGACCUGCAGUAGUUCUGCAUAAAAUAAAAGAUGUCAGAGAAGCUUACUCAAAAGAAGCAUUCCAUUAUAGGCCAAAAGCUGCUGAGCUAAGUUUCAAAGGGAUUCUCGGGAAUAAUGGUCAACGAUGGAGAGAACAGCGACGAUUCGCAUUGCAUACUCUACGAGAUUUUGGGCUGGGGAAAAAUAGAAUGGAGGCGGUUAUUCAAUCGGAGCUUGACUAUUUCAUUGCUGAGAUCUCAUGCCAUAAUAGCAAUCCCUUUGACACGAUCGAUCUCGUCAGUAACGCCACCGCAAAUGUUAUCAGCUACCUGGUUUUUGGGCACAGGUUCGAAUACACCGAUGAAACAUUUCUGGAAAUGACUCGAAUGGUGUCUCAGUUAUUCUUGUACGCAAGGGAAGUUAGUAUACAGCAAUAUAUUCCCUUUUCCAAAUAUUUACCAUUAAAUGGGAAAUCGAAACUUGACCAGGCACUGGACAGACUUUUCAAUGGAAUAUACAGACCGGAGGUUGAUCAGCAUCUGAGAGAUUAUGACCCAAAUAAAAUAGAAGAUUACAUCUCGGCAUUCAUAAAAGAAAUGAAGGAGCAUGCAGGUACAACAGAACAACAUUGGUUCACGGAGGACCAAUUGUUAUAUAACAUCGGUGAUCUCUUCCAAGCUGGUACGGACACAACAGCAGGUGCAAUCAGAUGGACGCUACUUUGUAUGGUGAAAUAUCAAGAGGUUCAAAAGAGGGUGCGUGCCGAAAUCCGUGACAACAUAGGUUUUGAAAGACCCCCUUCAAUGGCGGAUAAACUACAUCUCCCCUACACAGAAGCGACGAUCUUAGAGGUCCAGAGAAUGUAUGGGGUGGUUACCCCUCUCUUAUUGAUCCACACAACUACCGAAGUAACGCAAUUAAAGGGAUACACUCUCCCACCAGGCACAUUAGUUGGAGCCAAUCUGUAUGCAAUCCAUAAUGACCCUGAACAUUGGGGAGAUCCAGAAGUCUUCAGACCAGAGAGGUUUCUGGGAGAUGAUGGCAAAGUAAAACGAGAUGAUCAUUUCUCAGUUUUUUCAGUUGGUAAAAGACAAUGCCUUGGCGAAUCCCUCGCGAAGAUGGAGCUUUUCAUAUUCUUUGUUGGUUUGAUGCAGAAGUUUGAAGUGAAAUUGCCUGAAGGAGCAAGUGAACCAGUGAUGCGACCUCAACUGAACCAUUCAACACAAUCGCCAAUACCAUAUAGCGUACGCUUUGUAUCAAGCGUUUGAUGAAGGGCUAACUGGACAAUUAAAAUAAUGUAAACACAUUUCCUUACAAUAAAGCAUAUGCUUUUUGCCAAUACAGUUCGGGAAUAUAAUAUCAAAUAAAUGUACGUCCAAUUCACUUAUUAGGAAGGUUAAGCUACACAUUUUAAAGAGAAUUCGUACGUGAUCUCCUUGGAAUUAAUUCCCCCUUUGUAGUACUCAGUCAUAUUCGAUCUACGCCAUCACUUUCCUUACAAGUUCUCUCAAAUUCACUGCAACUUUUCAUAUUGUAUCUAAGAUAAGGAAUCACGAUAGAAAAAUCGAGGAAUUGUUCCGAUAUGAAGUAAGAAUGGAAAUACUUCCAUUGUUUUAUAUACUGCAGAUAUGAAAUAAAUAUUUGAGAAACAA